CCAAAGCCCAAGCUUUACUGUUCAAGUUGGUCCCGAUCCUUCGCUGGCUGCCCAAGUAUCCUUUCCGGGAAUGGCUGCUGGGUGACGUCUGCUCUGGAUUCAGUGUUGGAAUUGUGCAGUUACCACAGAGUAUGGCAUAUGCUCUUUUGGCAGCUGUUCCCCCUGUAUUUGGUCUCUACACAUCUUUUUUCCCUGUGCUCAUCUAUUUUAUAUUUGGGACAUCCAGACAUGUUUCAGUAGGAUCCUUUGCAGUCCUGAGUGUGAUGUUGGGGACUAUAACUGAGAGGAUGGCUCCGAAUGAGAACUUUGCGAUCCCUUCUAUGAAUAAUACGAAUGGAACAGUUGUGAUAGACACGGUGGCACGAGACAUGAUGCGAGUGAAAGUGGCAGCCAUGGUCACCCUCCUUUGUGGGAUCAUCCAAAUCAUGCUGGGGAUGAUACGAUUUGGAUUUGUCGUCACAUACCUUUCCGACCCUCUGGUCCGAGGAUACACCACUGGGGCAGCAGUCCACGUGUUGGUGUCACAGCUGAUAUAUGUGCUUGGCAUCUCUGUUCCCAAGAAGAAUGGACCCCUGGCGCUAAUCUAUACCUUCAUCGAUAUUAUCAAAGUGAUACACUUGACAAAUAUUGGCACGCUGGUUGUCGGUCUUAUCGCCAUGUCCACGAUGCUGGGAGUGAAGGUGAUAAAUGACGUUUUCAAAUCUAAGCUGCCAAUACCAAUUCCUAUUGAACUAAUUGAGGUAAUAAUUGCCACGGUGGUUGGCACGUAUGUGGACCUGUCUGGAAAGUAUGGAAUAGAAAUUGUUGGAGAUAUACCAAAAGGCUUGAUAGCCCCAGUUGUACCUGACUUCAGCCUUGCCUCCAGCCUCGUGGGCGAUGCCUUUGCCUUGGCCAUCGUAGGGUACGGCGUCACAAUAUCUUUGGGCAAGAUCUUCGCUCUCAAGCAUGGGUACGAGGUGGACAGCAAUCAGGAGCUGAUAGCACUUGGCCUCAGCAACUUGUUUGGAGGAUUUUUCCAAUGCUUUGCCGUGAGUUGCUCCUUGUCCAGGAGCCUCGUUCAAGAAACCACUGGAGGAAACACACAGCUGGCUUCCGCCAUCUCGAGCGCUCUUAUCUUGGUGAUUAUUCUGGAGAUCGGAGCACUGUUUAGCUACCUACCUAAGGCUAUUUUAGCAUCUAUUGUCAUCAUCAAUCUCAAAGGGAUGUUUGAACAGGUCACUGAUAUCUGCUACUUCUGGCGAACAAACAAAAUUGAUCUGGUGGUUUGGAUCGUCACUCUGAUCUUGACGGUUCUCUUGGGUAUGGAUCUUGGACUAGGCGCCUCCAUAGCUUUUGCAUUGCUUACUGUGAUCUUCCAGACACAACUACCCAAAUAUUCAAUCCUGGGACAAGUUCCCGCCACUGACAUCUACCGAGACAUCAAGCAGUUUGAUGAGGCAAAAGAAAUUCCAGGAAUCAAAAUCUUCCAAUCAUCUGCAACCAUAUACUUUGCCAAUGCCGAGUUGUAUGAAAGCGCACUGAGGAAGAUGACUGGAAUAAACAUCGCUCGUUUAAUUUCGAAAAAGAAGAAAAGAAUCACAAAACUCAAACAGCAGUUGAAAAAACAGGAAAAACGGGACAAGAAGAAAGCCAAGAAAGAGAAGAAACUUAAAGGGCUUGAAUCAGGAACAGGUAACCUAGACGUCAUCUCUGGAAAUUUUGUCAAUGACAACUCCAUCAGCUUGGAAAUGGAUUCAGGCCAAGAAUCAUCUUCUAAAGUUAACAAGAAUCCAGAGGAAUAUGAUCUCGAGUCUCUUGGGCUUCAGAAACCAGAGGUGCACUCUGUUAUCCUUGAUCUUAGUGCAGUCAACUUCGUAGAUAGCGUCUGCAUCAAGAUUUUGAAAAUUAUUUUCCGAGAUUUCAAGGACAUUGAGGUUGACGUGUACCUGGCUGGAUGUCACUGGUCUAUUGUUCAGCAGUUUGAACAAGGAGAUUUCUUUGGGAAGAACAUCAGCAAAUCCCAGCUUUUUACCACUGUGCACGAUGCUAUUACAUUCUGUCUGAUGAAGCACAAUUCAUCCACUGAUCAGCCUCUUUGUAUGAAUGGACGCCUCUCACUGGCCCCACCAGAGGAGCAAGAGCAAGAGUCCAGCCUUGCCAGGGAUACAAGCACAAAAUUUUAAUGUGAAGAUUUGGUGCUGGGAUAUAAUAGCUGCACAUUUUGGAAGAAAGAGACAAAAUCUGAGGAAGACC